CCACCCCAGGAUUCACUGCCUUUGAUUGGCAGGAUAAGUUUUAUCAGAGAGAGGCCAUCACUUUGCAAUGGCAGGAAUACCCAAGUGUUGUGGCAAAAGUCAGAACCCAGCACACACAGCCAGAGCCAUGCUGUCAAAACACAACUGGACAGACAUCUUUCUUCCCCACCAACACUGGACAGUAUCAUCACAGAGCAUCUUAGAGAGCAACAUGCUCGCUGCAAGAACCCCAUUGCCACCUGUCCACCUUUUUCUCUCUUUACUCCUCACCAGUGCCCUGAGCCAAAACAGAGGAGGCAAGCCCCAACAAACUUUACCUCAAGGCUAAACUGCAGGGCAUGGUUUCCAAAAUAUGGAGGUAUAGAUGGAGGAGGCUUUGAUAGGCAUCUUAUCUUUAGCCGAUUUCAUCCUAUUUCAGUGUUCCCGGAAGCUCAUGAAGAUGAGAGUGGCUUGACAUGUUGUGCAUUCUCAGCCCUGGAGCGGUUCCUGAUGCUUGGGAACUGUAGAGGGCAGCUGAAGCUCUACAACGUAUUUAGUGGACAGGAAGAGGCCAGCUAUAACUGUCACAACUCAGCCAUCACACACCUUGAACCUUCCAGGGAUGGGUCCUUACUUCUGACAUCUGCCACUUGGGGCCAGCCUUUGUCUGCACUUUGGGGGAUGAGGUCAGUAUUUGAUAUGAAGCAUUCCUUCACAGAAGAUCAUUAUGUUGAGUUCAGUAAGUACUCUCAGGAUCAGGUCAUAGGCACAAAAGGAGACAUGGCCCAUGUUUAUGAUAUUGAGACUGGCACCAAGAUGUUGACUCUGUUUAACCCAGAUCUUGCCAACAACUACAAGAGGAACUGUGCCACCUUUAAUCCUACAGACGAUCUUGUCUUAAAUGAUGGGGUCCUCUGGGAUGUCUGCUCUGCACAGGCCAUCCACAAGUUUGACAAGUUCAACAGGAAUAUCAGUGGUGUUUUCCAUCCCAAUGGGCUGGAGGUCAUCAUCAAUACAGAGAUUUGGGACCUUCGAACUUUCCAUCUUUUACACACAGUUCCUUCUCUGGAUCAAUGUCGUGUGGUGUUUAACUACACAGGGACAGUGAUGUAUGGAGCAAUGUUGCAGGCAGAUGAUGAAGAUGACUUCUUGGAAGAGAGGACGAAAAGCCCCUUUGGGUCAUCCUUCCGAACAUUUAAUGCAACUGAUUACAAACCUAUAGCAACUAUUGAUGUGAAACGGAAUAUCUUUGACCUGGGUAGAGACACCAAAGACUGCUAUCUUGCUGUCAUUGAGAAUCAAGGCAGUAUGGAUGCCCCUAACAUGGACACAGUAUGCAGGCUUUAUGAAGUGGGCAGGCAGCGUCUGGCAGAGGAAGAAGAUGAAGAGGAGGACUCAGAAGAGGAAGAACAGGAGGAAGAGAGUGAAGAUGAUGGCACAGAUGAUGUAGAGAACUUGGACACUGACCAGUGGCAAGAUGCAGAAAUGGAGGAGGCUGACAACAGUGAGAACGCUAUGCAGGAUGGGGACAAUGUCCUCUCUCCCUCUGAUGAGGAGCUAGCAAGCCUAGAGGAGGGAGAGGAGGGGGAAGAGGAAGACUCUGAUGCAGAGGAGGAAGAGGAAGUGAUUCUGGUGGAGGACAGCUCAGACCACUCUGAUUGGGAAGAUGACAUCUUCUUCUCUCUGAAUGAGUGA